AGAAAAGAAAAUGUAGACACUAGAUCACUGUGUAGUGAGGGUCCCCCAGAAUCCUACCUCUCAAUGUCUAGUGUGAAUGUUUUGGCUUUUUCUCCUUCUUUCUUUUUUUCUUUCAUAUACUUGUAAAGGAUUCGAAAAUUUCUAUUCCGAAUAAACCAAAAUAAAUUUGGUUACACUUGUUUCUUGGCCUAAUUAAGAUUGAACCUGUAGCCUAACAGAGAGCUCUGUUCCCUUUGUUCUGUUAACAUAAACAAGUUACUUCAUGUCCCUCUGUGGGAACUGGGAAUUAGGCAAGUGUUUAGACUCACAAAAACUUCCAGCAAGUUUGGCUCUCAGCUUGGAGACCAAGUAAUUAAAUAUGAGAUGAAAGAUGAGUCCAACCGGGCUCACCCUCCAAGAUUGGAAAGGGGACUAUACAUGAAGGCAAACUCCGUUAGCCUGAUUUUCCUGUCAACAGAAAGUUCCUCUCCAUUUUUAAUAUUACUUGAAAGGCAGUUUGAAAAUAGGGGGAAAACAGUUUAGGAAAAUAGAGGAAAUGCUUAUGGGCACAGUUCUUGUUACAUCUGCAGCUGUCGAAUGCUUUGUAACACUCAUCACGCUUGUCGUGACUUAGCUGCUGCCUGGCCAGUCCCACUAGCCAGGAACUUCCAGAAGGCAAAGCUCUUGUCCCUUCACUGAUCCCAGCACGGAAGCUGGUGUGGAGUGGGUCCUUGUUGAACGAGGGUGAGUAAGCGGUUGAUGCUCUUAGUUGAAGUAGAGAGAAAGUGUGUGGGGCGAAAGGUCAGCAGGUCAUUGCUAUGUGUGCCAGAGCUCUGAAAAGCCUAGAUACACAUGGCAACCAGCGCCAGUUAAGAUGGUUGCAAUCACGCACCUAAGGUUGGCGGCCCUCGUUGCCUUCUUUAGUUUUUAAAAAAAUCAAGUCAUCUCAGCUCCUUUAGAAAGGAGUAAAUUCUGCUUUCCUGGACUGAGACCUAUAUUGGGCUUUUACAAAUUUCUGCCCGAAUGGGAUUGUCCUCAUGACUUGGUUCAGGAGGCCAAAUGAAUAGAACCUCAAACCACCCCAUUUCAGUUCUAGAAGUUAGAUAGCCCCCCCGGGAUAAAUCUGUUUGCUCUCAGGUCGUAUAUCUAGAGGUUAAGCUGUCAGCCAGUGUGACAUUGAAGGCAGCCUUGGGAUUGGGGGAAGAAGACCAAUGGUGGCGAUCAUAAAGGAUGGCAUUCGCUGUCAGGAAGGUUCAGAGCCGGCUCAGAGAUGUAUGUCUGCUCUGCGCGGCUUCUCUCUGUCUCCCCCACAAGCUUACAUCCUCACCUCUGCUGCUUUUGAUAAAUGUCUCUCUGAACCCACCAUUGCAGUGUCUGCAGGCUGGGGUGCAGUUGGCGAUGAGCUGAGCCCUCCCCCUCACUCCAUCACCCUGGAGCUGUGGGGAAAAGGCUGCCCAAGGGGGCUUGUCUCCCUUCUCUGCCAGGACGUGAGAUGGUUUUUUGCAAGCUCACAUAAAGGUUACGAACUUCCAUGGCUGCUCCUCUGAAACUAUAAUAGAUUCCUGUUUUAAUUAUUAUUUUGGAAAAUACUCCUGCAGGAUUUCAGCAGUCUCCAAGCCCAUUCUACAAGUUCAAGUACAUUUUUGAAAGAAUGUUUUCGAAAGUAUAGAUUGUGCUGAACGCCUGUAGUUAUGAAUGGAUUAGAUGUGUGUUAUCUCCUGGAGAAAAAUGCAUCUGGAAACAGACUGCAUUCUUAGAGGGAUAAUUAGUUCAUUGUGCUUAGCACAGCAAGUCCUCCCAGGGUGUCCUCAGAGAUGGGACUGAUCUAGAAUGGAAAGCAAGAGACCAUUUGUAACAUAUUGCUUGCUUGCUAUCCAAAAAUUGCUCAGUUCAGAAAUAACUAAGACUUGAUUUCAUCGUUUCUGGACAAUAAAGACCGAAAUAUCCUAAUAGAAGAACAGAGUGAAAAAUAGAGCUAAUGAUUGCCAUAGAGGCCAAGGAAUGAGCCCAUGGAGGGUUUCAGAGUCCAAGACGUGUGCCCCUCAAGGCGACCUCAGUUGGUUUUCAUGGCAGACUGACUGAUACAUGAUGGAGAAGGUACAUCGUAACUUGAUUGCGAGAUGCGCACCAGUUGCGUCUUGAAGCGCCAGCAGCUGUAACAGAAGUUCCAGACCCCAGGACCACAGCCAGCCCUUCCAGCUCCCAAGACCUGAAGGCCAUGGAGCUCUCUGACAGCGACCGGCCCGUCAGCUUCGGCUCCACGUCGUCCUCGGCCUCUUCCCGGGACAGCCAUGGUUCCUUCGGCAGCAGAAUGACCUUAGUUUCCAACAGCCACUUGGGCUUGUUUCCCCAGGAUAAGGAAGCGGGGGCCAUAAAGCUGGAGCUGAUUCCAGCCAGGCCGUUCUCCAGCAGCGAGCUGCCAACGGAUGGCCCAGCCGCGCCUCCGAACCUGCACCAGGGCAGUGAAAGGCAGCCCCGGGUCCAGCGGAGAGGGGAGCCCAGCGGGGCCACGAGAACGGGUGCAGAGUCUGCCACCAGCCCCAAGCUCCUCUACGUGGAUCGAGUUGUUCAGGAAAUUCUGGAGACCGAAAGGACUUACGUGCAAGAUUUAAAAAGCAUCGUAGAGGAUUACCUUGACUGCAUCAGGGACCAAACGAAACUUCCUCUGGGGACAGAAGAAAGAUCAGCCCUUUUUGGAAACAUACAGGAUAUCUACCACUUUAAUAGUGAACUUCUGCAAGAUUUGGAAAACUGUGAAAACGAUCCUGUGGCCAUCGCAGAAUGUUUCGUGGCCAAGAGUGAAGAGUUCCACAUUUACACCCAGUACUGCACUAACUACCCCAGAUCAGUGGCUGUGCUCACAGAGUGCAUGAGGAACAAGAUGCUGGCCAAAUUCUUCCGGGAACGUCAGGAAACUUUGAAACACUCCCUGCCUCUGGGCUCCUAUCUCUUAAAACCAGUUCAGCGGAUUCUCAAGUAUCAUCUGCUUUUGCAUGAAAUAGAAAAUCACCUUGACAAGGACACAGACGGCUAUGACGUGGUGCUUGAUGCUAUAGACACGAUGCAGCGAGUGGCCUGGCACAUCAAUGACAUGAAGCGGAAACAUGAGCACGCAGUCCGGUUACAGGAGAUACAGAGUUUGCUCACUAACUGGAAGGGGCCGGACCUGACCAGCUACGGGGAACUGGUGCUCGAGGGAACCUUCCGCCUCCAGCGCGCCAAGAAUGAGAGGACCCUCUUCCUCUUCGACAAGCUGCUUCUCAUCACGAAGAAGAGAGACGACACGUUUACAUACAAAGCUCACAUCCUGUGUGGCAACCUCAUGCUUGUGGAGGUGAUACCCAAGGAGCCGCUCAGCUUCAGCGUCUUCCACUAUAAGAACCCCAAGCUGCAGCACACAGUUCAGGCUAAGUCCCAACAAGACAAACGCCUGUGGGUUCUGCACCUGAAAAGACUGAUCCUGGAGAAUCACGCGGCAAAGAUUCCGGCUAAGGCCAAGCAAGCAAUACUUGAAAUGGAUGCCAUUCAUUAUCCAGGCUUCUGUUACAGUCCUGAUGGAGAGACGAAAGCAUUUUGCGGUUCUAGAGAUGGGUCUGCCCCGAAUCGGCUGAGAAGAAAGUCUGAACCUUCCUCAAGAUCACAUAAAGUUUUGAAGACGAGUGAAACAGCACAAGACAUCCAAAAGGUUUCCAGAGAAGAAGGGUCUCCCCAGCUGACUUCAGCAGGGCCAUCUUCCGCCCAGAGGAACAGCCAGCCAAGUGGUUCUGCCUUUAUCAGCGUGCUUCGCGGGGGUGGAGCCGUCAGAAACAUCUGGACGGACCACCAGAUCAGGCAAGCCUUGUUUCCCAGCCGACGCUCCCCACAGGAGAACGAGGAUGAUGACGAUGAUUAUCAGAUGUUUGUGCCAUCCUUUUCCUCUUCGGAUUUGAACUCGAGCAGACUGUGCGAAGACAGCACUUCGAGUCGCCCUUGCAGUUGGCAUAUGGGACAGAUUGAGUCCACAGAGACCUCCAGCUCUGGCCACAGGGUUGUUAGGCGGGCCAGCAGUGCUGGUGAGAGCAACACGUGCUCUCCUGAAAUAAGAAUUAGGGAUAGUGAUGGCUCUCAGUACAGCCCCCGAAGGGAACUACAGAAUGACCCUAAAACAGAAGGGCAGGAUGGAAUGACUCCCUUUGGGUCAUCUAUAGAGUUGACUAUUGAUGAUAUAGACCAUGUCUAUGAUAACAUAAGUUACGAGGACUUAAAAGUAAUGGUUGCUAAACGGGAAGAGGCUGAAUCCACUCCCCUCAAAUCAGCCAGGGACUCUGUUCGCCCCAAGAGCACCCCGGAGCUAGCUUUCUCAAAGAGGCAAGCCGGCCAUGAGAAGAGCUCUCUGCACACCAAGAGAGAUGGAGCUCUCAUGGGUCCAGAGGCCUUGAACCAAAGCCCACAUGAGCUCCAGGUGGUUGAGGAGAACAUUUAUGAUACUAUCAGGGUCCCAGAUCCCCCCUCCCUGGAUUUCAAAUGUAGCAGCCUAAAGCGGGCCAAAAAGAGCACCUUCUUGGGUCUGGAGGCCGACUUUGCAUGCUGUGACAGUCUGAGGCCCUUUGUUUCCCAGGACAGCCUCCAGUUCAGCGAGGACGAGACACCUUACCACCAGGUACCCUCUGAUCGUGAUUAUUUGAGUUUGCUGUAUAGCUCUUCCAGCUGCAACUUGUCUGUGACCGAUAAGUCUAUAUCUGAUAAACUGUCUGAAGAAGUGGACGAAAUCUGGAAUGACUUGGAGAAUUACAUCAAGAAAAAUGAGGACAAAGCCAGAGACCGGCUCCUCGCAGCAUUUCCUGUUAGCAAAGAUGACGUGCAGGACAGGCUGCAUGCCGAGAGCACCCCUGAGCUGAGCAGAGACGCGGGGCGGUCCGUGUCCAUGCUCUCCCUUCCCGAGAGCCACACUUUCCUGUCGCAGCGGAAAGACAGGCCUGGCAGAGCCAGCCGGGCCCACUGCCCAUUCGAAGAUGACCUGAUUUCUAAAGAAGGCUCCUUUAUGAGUCUAAACCGGCUCUCCCUGGCCAGUGAGAUGCCUUCCAUGGAAAAUACCUAUGACUUGGCCACCAGCAGUCUCUCCCAAACAGACCUGGAAACCCCUGAGCCUGGGAUGGAUGCCACAGAUAAGACAAAAAGCAGGGUUUUUAUGAUGGCCAGGCAGUACAGCCAGAAGAUCAAGAAGGCAAAUCAGCUUUUAAGAGUGAAAAGCCCAGACUUGGAGCGGCCUCCGGCCAGCCAGCAGCAUAAAUCUGUGCCCAAAGAUCUGGCAGCCAUCUUAGAAGACAAGAAGCAAGGAGGGCCUGCCAUCGGUGCCAGGAUUGCUGAGUAUUCCCAACUGUAUGACCAGAUCGUGUUCAGAGAGCCUUCCUGUGAGACUCGGAGGGAGGCCUGGGCCAGCCCUCAAGACUCCUCCACCCUCACGUCUACAUCGCCUUCCCAGGCCCAACAUGGGAGCCAGGAUUGGCUUCUGCAUUCGACCUAUAGUAAUGGAGAGUUAGCAGAUUUCUGUCUCCGACCAGAGCAAGACUUGAAGUCAAAAUAUUCCACUUUUGAGAUCAGUCCAAAAAGUACUCCAAGACAGUUGUCCACCGCUUGCUCCGUGCCUUCUCUUCAAACCUCUGACCCUCUGCUGGGCUCCAUACAGAGACACAGCGUGGUGGUCAGUCAACCCAACAAAGAGAACUCCCUUCAGGGCUAUCCUUACAACUCUUUGGGUCGGAAAGGAAUCAGUACUAAAUCUCAGCCUUAUAACAGGUCCCAGUCAUCUUCCUCCAUCUUAAUAAACAAGUCAGUGGACUCCAUCAACUACCCUAGUGAAAUGGAAAAGAAACAGCUGCUGUCUUUACACAAAAGUCCCAGGUGUGACAGUCACCAGGAUUUGCUGCCAGGUAUCACUGACUCAUGUCAACAGGGCCCUGAAAGACGCUCAGAUCUCACCCUCCAAGACUCACAGAAAGUUCUGGUGGUAAAUAGACAUUCACCUUUAAAUGCCCAAAUAGCUACACAGAACUAUUUCUCCAAUUUCAGAGAGACUGAAGGAGACGAAGAUGACUAUGUGGAGAUAAAGUCAGAGGAAGAUGAGUCAGAGUUGGAGCCAUGUGACAACCGUAGGAGGAAAUCUGACCCAAAGAUGGUAGAUGCUGACUUUCCUGAUGUCUGCAGCAACAACACCGCUUACUCUUUGAAUAGUCCAUGUACUCCAAAGAAACCAAUAAGCGGCAAACUUGGGAUUUCACCAUAUCUGACGUCAUACAACGAUUCUGACAAACUGAAUGACUAUCUCUGGAGGGGCCCAUCUCCCAAUCAGCAAAAUAUUGUCCAGUCUCUGAGGGAAAAAUUUCAGUGUCUUAGUUCAAGCAGCUUUGCCUGAGAUUCUUAAUAGCAGCUGCCUGAAUUAAUUUCUUAUCAUGCUCAUACAUUACAGACACUGAGAGGUGUUUUAUAUGUACCAGAUUAAAACAAUUUUGUAAUAA